AAAAGCCUCAUUAUGGAUGUUUUAUUUAACUUAGAAUAAACACUUCUUCAACGGUGUCUAUCAUUAUCCAUGUGUUUUCUUUAUGUGACUAUUUCGGACACCGUUCAUCGAAAAUUUAAGGAUAAACAAGUUCAGCUUUUGAAUUAACAUUAAAUGCGUUUAAAAAUCAGCAGACGCACUAAGUUUAAGGAACUUCAAUGAUCAUCCAUUUUCAAGAUGAUCAGAGCUAUUGGAUUCGGAAUUAUAUUUGGACUGCUGUUUUCAGAUAUCGCAUCCCAGGAGGAAUGCAAUAAUUGCAGAUGUUGCUCCAACAAUGACUGCUAUCAUGGUGGGACAUGCAAAAUGGGAUGCAAAGACGGUUACUGGGGAAAUAAAUGCGACAACCCGUGUACCAGUCACUGUGUAAAAUGUGAAAGGUAUUACGUCAAACCUUGUUUUGAAUGUCAACCUGGAUACUAUGCAUACAAUAAUGAAUGUCUUAAAUGUGUAUAUACUGGGUGUACCUGUUCUACUAGUAAUGUUUGUGAAGGGUGUUUAGAUGGCUACUAUUAUUCUAGUCGCUAUUGCUAUGGUUGCCCAAGACACUGCAGCAAGUGCACAAGCACUAGUCAUUGUACUUCAUGUAAAGAAGGUCGGUAUGGAUCUAUGUGCCAGUACCAAUGUGAAACUGACUGUAAGAAUGGCGUAUGUGACUCAGAGAAAGCUAUCUGUAAAUGUAACACGAACUAUGCGGGGAUUCACUGUACCGAUUGCGUCAGGGGAAAAUUUGGAUUUCAAUGUAAAAAUAAGUGUUCGGCCGGGUGCGUGAAUAAAGAAUGUAAUGGAAAGACUGGAACAUGUUCCUGCAGAAUUGGUUGGGCUGGCAGUAAAUGUAGCAUAUGUGCACCCAAUUACUUUGGCAAUCAAUGCACGAAUCGCUGCAGACUAGAAUGUACAACAUGUGACUACUACAGUAGUUGUCAAUCAUGCGUAACAGGAAGAUAUGGUUCGUAUUGUCAGUACCUGUGUGGGAAAGGAUGUCUUUAUAAUGAGUGUGAGAAAUCGAAAGGACAAUGCUCAUGUAAAACCAAUAUGUUCUAUGGUCAAAAAUGUGUCUCAUGUGUCCAAGGAAAAUACGGACAAGACUGUGAUAAUGAUUGUCCCGGAUUGUGUCAUUCUUGCUUAGAAGCGACAGCCUGUACCUCAUGUAAACCUGGGUUUUUUGGAAGCGUAUGUGAACAGAACUGUUAUGAAUCAUGUAACAGCUGUUCAGAUUUCGAACAAUGUUUGACUUGUAAAACAGGGAACACACACCCCAGCAGACAAUGUUUGUGUCAGGAAAACAUGUGUUCUACACCUGACAGUUGCGACCAAUGUGUAAGUGACGAAUAUUACCCAGACAGUGGAUCUUGCUGUCCCUGUUCAUUGCUACAGCAUUGUAAAUCAUGCAAAGUGGUUUCAAAUAUUACCAAGUGUAUUGCAUGUGAUGAAGGAUUCUAUCCAAACGAGACUGGUGAAUGUUUCAACUGUAGCCUAACAUGCAUAGAAGGCCAAUGUGAUUCGCUUACAGGAAACUGUAAGACAGGUUGCGAAAUCGGCUACUGGGGUAAGCUUUGCGAACACAAAUGCAAUGAAUCCUGUUAUUCAUGCAACCGAUCUAAUGGUGAGUGUUUAAAGUGUGCUUCAAAACUCAAAUAUGGACUGAAUUGUAACAUAAAGUGCAGUGAGACCUGCGUUGACAAAGAAUGCUAUAUAUCUGGAAAAUGUAUCAACGGAUGUUUAGAAAACUCCUUUGGAAAAAUGUGUGAAAAUGAGUGUGACAAAAACUGUAUCUCAAAUGGUAAUGGAACAAGAUGUUCAUCUGAAAGUGGAAAAUGUCUUCAUGGUUGCACGCCUGGCUACACAGCAGGUGUUUGUCCUCAAGUACCUCAGGGUGAAACACAGACUCUUAGUGGAUCAUCAGCAGCCGCUGUAGGUGGAGGUGUUGCUGGUGUUGUGAUACUCAUUAUUGCAAUCACCGUCGUCUUUUUACUCAAGAAAAGACGUGCUGUAAAUAGAAACGAAGAAACGACAACAUUAAGGACCGAUCAAAUUGACGAACAGUACGAGGGCUCAACAGCGGUCUAUGCGACUGUGAAUAAAAACACAGUUGUUCACCCCGAUGUCAUUUAUGUGAACACUGUUGACGGUGCCACCCAGAUAACCGUGAUUUCCAAUCCGUAUAACAAAAGGCCCGCAGAAAAGAACACAAGUUCAGAAAUGAUUUACAAAGAGGACAAUCUGGAAAUUGACGACGAGGACGCUAUUGCACGGGAAAAUGCUAUUAGGUUUGAAGAAGAUGGCGGAGUGUAUUACAACAAUGCCAAUGAGGUUAACAAAACCAAAGUUCAAGUUGAGGAGUUACCUGCGUAUGUCACAACAAAAACGAAAAACUCGCAUGAAGAAGAAUUUGAGAAAUUUCCAUAUGGUCUAACAAAAUCGUACGAAGAUUCACAAAAGGCUAGCAGUAUGUCACGAAACAGAUAUAAAGGAAUUUACCCAUAUGACGAUUCACGUGUGAAGGUUUGGUACAAUGGAUCUGAUUACAUAAACGCAAGCUUUAUUGAUGUAUGGUUUAUGUCUUGAUAACAAGAGUUUAUCUUUUUUAAGUUGAAUUGAUAUGUACUCGUUUCCAUUAUUUUAUUGUAUUUGUUUUACAAAGGU